UUCCGGUGUUUUAUAACACCGACAGAGGUUUCGUCAGUCUAUUGACAAGGUUCAUUUUGUCGAAAUCAUCCAAGAUGCAUCGAAUACCACGGAACGGACUGGUACGCCUAAUAUCUCGUGAUGUAUAUCACCAGCAAAAGAGAUUUCGAGGGGCAAGGAAUAACUUAGGAGUGAUCUUCGUUCCCCAACAAGAGGCAUGGAUUGUAGAACGUUUUGGAAAAUUCUAUAAAACUUUGACACCGGGGCUAAAUAUACUCAUUCCUGUAAUAGACACAAUCAAACAUGUUCAAAUUCUCAAAGAAAUGCCUAUUGAAGUUCCGAAGCAGUCGGCUAUUACUGUAGAUAAUGUGUUAUUAAGUUUGGAUGGUGUGUUGUAUGUGAGAGUAAUGGAUCCUUAUAAGGCCAGUUAUGGUGUAGAAGAUGUAGAGUUUGCUGUCACACAAUUAGCACAGACCACUAUGAGGUCAGAAAUUGGUAAAAUUUCUCUGGACGAGAUCUUCAGAGAAAGAGAGUCACUUAAUGUAGCCAUUGUUUCUGCUAUCAACAAAGCUGCCGAGGACUGGGGAAUCAAGUGUCUACGUUAUGAAAUCAGAGAUAUCAAGCCACCGACUAAGAUCCAAGAAGCUAUGCAGAUGAUGGUAGAAGCUGAGAGAAAAAAACGGGCUGCUAUUUUAGAAUCAGAAGGUGUAAAGCAGUCAGAAAUCAACAUAGCAGAGGGUCAAAAACAGGCAAAGAUAUUAAAAUCAGAAGCCUUCAAAAUAGAACAAAUCAACACAGCUCAGGGUGAGGCUGAGGCUUUGAAAGCUAAAGCAAACGCUAAAGCUGAAGCUAUAAGAGUGGUAUCCACGGCGAUCGGUCAACAGAAUGGCAAGAAUGCAGUAUCAUACAAUGUAGCGGAACAGUAUGUAGCAGCCUUCAGUAAUCUGGCCAAAACUGGUAACACGGUCAUCCUGCCUGCUAAUACUGGGGAUGUUUCCGGUAUGGUAGCUCAGGCUAUGUCUAUCUACAAGAACCUGUCAUCUGAAAAUCAAACUACUGACGAGCAUGGCAACAUACCCAAAAUAGAGGCUCUAUCCCACCAUACUAAACCCAUACCCCCUACAGAUCAUGACCCAUUCUCACUUUUUGAUGAAGAAAAACAUGACGAGGAUGAUACCAAGUGAUGGACUAUAGGGGGGAAUAUUACUAUGGAGGUACGAUGGUCUCCAUGGAUGGACAUCUACAGGAAUCUGGUUUUUUGUUAUGCCUCUUGUGUCUUCAGCUUGGCAGGAUAAGCUGUUAUUCUUAUUUCCACCUUAAGAAGAAAAUUGUACAAGAAACAUCUUGAAAAAGAAACUGUUACCGUAAGAUUAGUCUUGAAGGAACUAGAAUAUAACAAUGACAAAUCUCUUAAUGAUCUGGAUAAUCAUUGGGAACACGACCAUUAACAUCAAGACUUUGAUUCUAACCUCUGUACUUAAAAUACUUCUUCACUUUCUUGUUAAAACACAGAUGGGAUAACUAAACUUCCUAUUAGAGUUGUGUCUUUCUGUACAUGUUAUGGGUGACAUUAAUUUAACAGUACCAUGUGAAUGUCAAUGUGUUUGUUAGAGAAUAUAUCAUUCCCUAAAUCAUGGAUAAAUGUCGUUUUCUGUACUUCAGAAUGAUUCUACUUGAGGUUGAUGUGGUAAAAUGAACAAUUACAAGUGAGAACCACGAGAAUUGGUGAUAUGUUUUAAUAAAUUAUGAUGUACAAAC